AUGCGACCAACCAUCCAGUCCGUCCUGCUCCUGCUGUGUGCGCUCGUGGCCCUCGCGGCAUCUCGCAAGUGCGAGUUCCAGGGCCAUAGGUGUGCUGCCUCGGGCAAGCUCACCAAGAUCUACCAAUGCAACCACGGCAGGAGAGUAUCUUUCCGGUGCCCGACUGGCACCGUAUGCAUCCAAAGCGGAAGCAGUGCAUACUGCGGCACAGAUAUCAAUGUCCAACAGGCACCUUCCAAGCCCAGCUCGUCUUCCACCAAAUCCAGCUCGACAUCAACCAAAUCCAGCUCGUCUUCCACCAAAUCCAGCUCGUCUUCCACCAAAUCCAGCUCGACAUCAACCAGGUCGGCCGCUUCCCCAAGCUGCUCGGUCACCAACGUUCCGGCCCUCAAGAGCUGCUCGAAUCCCUAUCCCGGCGUCGUCGGUGACUGCGGCUGGCUCAACUACAUCAACUGCCACGAGGCGACCACGCCGUCGUCCAACACCAAGUUCCCACCGGCCGUAUGUCCCGGCACUCCGCCCACCCCAUGGUCAACGGCCGGUCCGCUCAGCUUCCCAGCCAAUCUCGAUGGCGGCUACGGUGUGCCCCUCACGCCAGCGCAGAUCUACACCAUUCUGAGCUUGGUCUGGGUCGCCGAGAACAGCAACGGCAACUUUGCCGGGGUUGUGCCCUGGUACACGGCCUACAGCUACAUCCAAGACAUUGGCGAUGGCCGAGGCUACACCAUCAACCUUGUGGGCUUCACGACGGCAACGGGCGACUUUUUGGUGUUCCUCCAGCACCUGCAGGCCCUCGAGCCUUGCAAUCCGCUGGUGCAGUACAUUCCCGACGUUGCUGCCCUGAGCCAGAGCGGCUCGUCGGCACUCACGGGUCUGCAGGGCCUGGCACAGAGUGUCGUCAGCCAGGGAGGAGGUCCAUCCGGCGCCGGUCCCAUCAAUCCCAACUACGUUGCUGCCACCUGGAACACCCUCUCGGACUCGACCACCGACUCGGCUUAUUGGUACCUCGCCAUGUCCUAUUCGCGCCAGUACAACCUCAGCCUGCCCAUCAGCAAGGGUCAGCUCUACGACAUUGCCCUGAACGCUGGAAUCUCGGGUCUGGAGUCUGUGGUGCUCAAGGUCACUGCCAAAGCCCCGACCGCUGCCCAGUCCGGCGGUGCGCAGGAGCUCGCUUGGCUGUCGAAUCUGCAGCAGCUCUGGAUCAAGCAAAUCACCACCGGCGACACCUCUCUCGACGGCGGCCAGCCCGACCGAGGAUUGAUGUGGCAGCACCUGGCCGCUCCCACCCAGAGCACCGGCAAGAACUCGGCUGGUGCUUACGGCGCAAACAACACCGUGCCCAACCUGCAGCUAGCCCUGCCGAUCACCGUCAACUGCUACGGCAACCAGAUCACAAUCAUGUCGCCGUAG